AUGGACCACAGCGUGCAGGAUGAACUUGUUGACUACGAAGACGACGAGAACAUAUUAGAUGCCAAGGAUGUGAAGGGCAAUUUGGACAACAGUCUUUUAAAUAACAACAACAAGGGGGUGAAUGAGAAUGGGGCCAUGCGAGGCAGCUAUGCCACGGUGCACACGGGAGGGUUCAAGGAUUUUUUUUUGAAGCCCGAGUUGCUUAGAGCCAUAAGCGAGAGCGGCUUCGAGCACCCCUCGGAGGUGCAGCAGGAGACCAUCCCCGCGGCAAUCACGGGCACGGACAUUCUCUGUCAGGCAAAGAGUGGAAUGGGUAAAACGGCCGUGUUUGUGCUGUCCAUCCUGCAGCAGCUGGAGACGAACGAAGGAAAGGACAUAAAGGAAGAGAAAGAAAUGAAUAACAACACGAGCAACAACAACGUAGAAGGAGACCUAACCAAUGGCAAUGACGCGUCGAAGAAUAAAUUCGUCAGGUGCCUCGGACUGGCACACACACGAGAGUUAGCCUACCAAAUCAAAAACGAAUUCGAUCGAUUUAGUAAGUACCUAAAAGGGGUCCGAUGUGAAGUGGUCUAUGGAGGAAUCUCAAUGAGCAAGCACAUAAAAAUGUUUAAGGAGGAGAGCAUCCCCCAUAUUAUUAUAGGAACCCCAGGACGUAUCCUGGCCCUCAUAAGAGAAAAAUAUCUCUUAACAGACAAAAUCCAACACUUUGUUUUGGAUGAAUGUGAUAAGUGUCUGGAAAAGUUGGACAUGAGAAGUGACGUGCAGAAGAUUUUUAUUUCCACUCCUUUAAAGAAACAGGUCAUGUUUUUCUCAGCCACCAUGGCAAAAGAAAUGAGAGAUGUGUGCAAAAAAUUUUUACAAAACCCGGUGGAGAUUUUUAUUGAUGAUGAAGCCAAAUUGAAGCUGCACGGAUUGCUACAACACUAUGUGAAGUUACAAGAAAAGGACAAGACGAGAAAGCUAAUUGAAAUUUUGGACGCCUUAGAAUUUAAUCAAGUGAUCAUUUUUGUAAAAUCUGUCACAAGGGCGAUCACCUUGGAUAAAUUGCUGACCGAAUGCAACUUCCCUUCCAUUGCUAUCCAUGGUGGCCUUGACCAACAGGAGAGAAUUGAACGAUACGAUAAGUUUAAAAAGUUUGAAAAUCGAAUUUUAGUCUCCACUGAUUUGUUUGGAAGAGGUAUUGACAUCGAGCGAGUAAAUAUUGUCAUUAACUAUGACAUGCCUGAGAAUUCAGACUCUUAUCUCCACCGAGUUGGUCGAGCUGGUCGAUUUGGUACCAAGGGACUCGCCGUUACGUUCGUUUCUUCUCAAGAGGAUACUUUAGCAUUGAAUGAAGUACAGACCCGGUUUGAAGUUGCCAUUUCCGAAAUGCCCAACAAGAUUGACUGCAAUGAGUACAUCAAUCAGUAG